GGUGGUAAGUUAGUGUCAGCUGACCCCCAAAAUUUACAUCUCUUUGUUCCUAAGGAUAACAACAACAACAACAAAAACUGUUCCUACAACUUUCAGAUUUCUACCAUAGGUAGAAUAAAUAGUUAAACUGAUGCUGACAUUUAAACUCACUUGAUUUAAGGGUGGUAAGUUAGGGUCUGCUGACCCCCAAAUUUCCCCCUCUGGUUCGUAGGGGUAAUGAAAUAAAUGAUGUUCUUACAAUUUUCUGUUAACAAAUGCCUACCUAAGAACUUACUCUAAAAUCAGAUAUUUGUCAGGGCUGACCGGCCUUAAAUGGUACUCGGUUGUUUGAUGUUCUCCUAUCUACCAAACUCGUGUCUUGUGUUUCCGCUGAUCCGAGACGGCAGGUUACAAUGAGAGAAAAAAAUAAUCUGAAGCCAGGCUUCAUUCACAGAUUCAUUGUCUCAUUGCUAGUAUAAUAAUUCAUUGGGAGGUAUUGUGGGGAGUGUGCUGAACACGGCUCCUCAGUCUCGCCCUCUCCAGCCAUGUACAACGAACCAACUCUCGGAUUUCCCGUAUGUAAGUAUUUUCAUUGUUUGUAUUAUGUUAUCUUUUUUUGAUAUAUACUAUCAUUGUAUGCGUAUAUAGGUAUACUUGUUGUGAUUAUUUAUAGGGUGUGUGUGUCAUGGUAUGUACAUAUGGUGGUGUAUCGGUGAUAUAAAUCAUACGUUAAAGAGCAGUGAUUCCAAACCUUGGUGGAACCCCUCCCAUGAAUUUUCAUUUUCCAAGGCACCCUUGUUAAUAGUGUUCUAAUGCAAGAUAUGAUCGUCUGUUUUUUUUAAAGUUAUUAAGCAAUGUAUACUGAGUUUGGAAUUCAAGAUUGCAUCAAAUGAGCUAAUAUGAUAGACUUGGUGAAAAGUCAUACUGUAAUAGCACAGGAUUAUUUUACGAUUUUUUGGAGAACCCUUGGUGAUGGUCGCCGGAAGCCCCCAGGGUUCUACGAGCUCCUAGUUGGUGAUCUAAGUUAUAGAGUUUUGAUUGUCUGUGUUUUUAUUAUUAAACUGUUUUUUUUUUGUGGCUGCACUGUGUGGCUGCUUGGUGCUGUGACGGCCAGGAUAACAGUACCUGGGUUUGCACCAAACGAGAGGGAAGGCUCGCUAUGAGGCUCUGCUCAUAGGGGUCGUGCAAGCAACGUCGUGGUUAACUGCAUGGUGUGGUGUAGUCAACUGACAUGUGUCAAACGCAUAAGCCGGAGUAGUUAUGCAAAGCAGAACAUGUGUAUGAUUUCUUUGGAAAUCUAAACACGGUUUAUGACGAUGGAUGAGGGCGAUGUAAUAUCAGGAGGUGAUGAUUUGUCUGGUGAUCUCAGCACAGACAAGAUUGCAUCAAAUAGUCAAGACCAUCCAGCAAUCCAGUCACUGUCGUCAGGUCAGGAAAGCAAUGAAUUAUCAGACAAUCAAAACACUAAAUCUGCGCCUGAGUCUGGAUGGACUUUGGGAUAUGGUAGUUACCAGAUUCUUUGGACAGAAGGUGACUUGUACCCCAAGACAAUCGACGUGCUGCAGAAUGACAAGGAUGGCUCCGAUGAUGAAGAUAUUAAUGACUGCACAGAUGACUUGGCAAUGGAAAGUGACACUGAUGCAGAUGAUACUACUGACGAUGAAACUGAAAACAGCGAGUGACUGUAAAGACCAAUGAAUACACGUUAACAUAUUGAGAAACGAUAUACUCU